UUUGGAUUGAUCAACUUGGAAACGUAAUUGUUUUGGGAUGAAACCUCUUUUAUCUUGCGAAAUCUUUAUUGAGUUGCGGGUGCGGCGCUAGAGCUUAACAAAUAACAAUCUGACAACCCAAUAAAGCCGUAAUCGAGUCCAAACCCCAAACCAAGCAAACAAACAUAAGAAAACCCCCAUUCCGGCAUCCCCUACCUUUUUCUCGCAUCAUCCUCCUUUCCUCUCGCACAGCUCUUUGACUCAUUCAAUCAUGGCGGCUUCGCCAUCGACGGCGACCUCUUCCUCCGACACGUCAUCGAUCUCAUCGUCUUCUUCCUCUGACAGAGAUAGAAGCCGCCGUCGUCGACGCCGCCGCAGCAGUAGCAGCAACCGCCAUCGCGAGUCCCUCAAGAUCCGGAAACCUAAAUCUCAUUCCAAGUCUAAACGACGUCGUCGUCGUCACUCUUCUUCCGAUUCUCAUUCCUCUGAUUCGUAUUCUUCGGAUGAUUAUAGCUCUUCUGAGAGUGAGCGUGAAACUUCAAGUCGCUCAAGAAGACGCAAGCAUGAUGACAAGCCAAAGAAGAACAAAGGAAAAGACAAGGAUAAGAGUCAUCACCGUAAACGACACAAGCACAAUAAAGAGAAAGAGCAGGAUGAGCGACGGAGUAAUGGUCCUGUGCAGCUAUCCAAGUUUUUAGGGCGAGAUAAAGAUGAUGGUGUUCGUCGAAGUGUGGUAUCUGGAAAAAAGAUACAAAUGAAGCUUGAAAAAUCGAAAGAGGACAAGUUUGCAGAGAAUAAGCGGAACGAAUUGUUGAAGUUCCUGAAUGCCAGCUAUGAUUGAUUACCUUGGGCCCUUGGGGUCUCUUUGAGGUCCAACUUACACUCAUUAUUAAGCAAGUCAAGGUUCUGUUCAAGCUUUAUAGAUACAAAGCAUUGUGCUUGAAGUUCUCAAGCUUUUAAAGGCUUGAAUUUUGCAAUACUAUUUGCUGAUUACACUGUCGAAUCGUGCCUUGAUUGUGUGCCCUAGUAAUGUCUGAUGUGCUGUGUUUUGCUAGUUAACAAUUUUUUUGAAUUAUUGGGGAUUUCUUCGAUGCAAUUAAGUUUAAUAUGUAAUAUUAGUGGUAUUAUUGUCCGUAUUUUUUUUCCUUUUUUGUGGUAAUUGGAUUUCCUUAUUACCAGUCAAUACAGUCAUUUUUUUUU